AUGCAUCGGACUAUCCCCGGAGACGAGGUCUACGGACCUGGAACCUACAUUGACAAGGAAUUCCUCCCGGUACCAGAAGACUCCCGCCGCGUCUUCGAACUGCUCGCAUCGAAAACCCCUGGUUUCACGAAGGAUACCGCGCUAUGGGAUACCGUCAAGUUCGAAGGUCGACCUGAUCCUAUGGUGCCUGGCCCAAUGAAGUCCCCAGUUGUCACAGCAGCCUUGCAUGCCAUGUGUGGAGUGGUUGCAAACGAGCUAUUGGAGCUUCGAGACAGCAAACUAGCGAAAGAAGCAAGCGUCACCGUGAAUACGGACCAUGCUGGCCUCUGGCUUGCGUCAACCUUCACUGCAUUCGUGAAAGGCAAAGAUAUCUCCGACCUUGCAAGGGCCGGGGAACUGGCCGGUAUCUUUGACAGAGACUUUGAGAAGGGUUUCGGUGUUGGCCCAUUGUCCGGUCGAGCAACUGCUCUGUAUCCCACAAAGGACCCCAAAGUUUGGUAUCAGCUACAUGGAUCUUUGGAUGCGAGUAAGACCCUUGAAUCCAUGGGGAUCGACAUGAAUGUUCCUUUGAAGGACUUCAAGGAAGGAUAUGAAUAUCUACGGGACCAUGUACAGAAGUGGAGCGCCGAUGAGCUUGAAAUGCACAAUGUGAGGCAUGGAUUGUGUGGAAGCAUCUGCUACUCGCCUGAAGGUUGGAGGAAGACUGAAAUGGGGAAGCGUCUUGCCGAGCACCCUCUCAUCAAUUAUACCCAUGAGUCGUAUGCGCAAUCGACUGCUCCCUCCCCCCUGAGCCAACUACCUGAUCGUCGUCCCCUUGCUGGAAUCAAGGUUGUGGAGAUGGUUCGAAUUAUCGCCGGGCCCACGGUCGGUGUAACUCUGGCAUCAUUUGGCGCCGACGUGAUCCGGGUUAACUGCAGCCGACUGGCAGAUCUAAACGUUCUCCAACUGGUCCUCAAUGCGGGAAAACGUACAAUCGACCUCGACAUUGGAAAAGAGGAGGACAUGGCACGUCUUAUGGAGCUCGUGGGCGAAGCGGAUGUGUUUGUCCAAGGCUUCCGUUACGGAUCGCUCGAUCGGAAAGGUCUCGGGUUGCAGAGCAUGCUCAGUAUUGCAGCCAAAAGGAACAAGGGUAUCGUAUAUGUCGACGAAAAUUGUUACGGUCCAUCGGGUCCAUUCGCCGAGAGACCAGGCUGGCAGCAGAUUGGGGACGCUGCAUCAGGCGCAUCAUACGUAAUGGGUCGGUCGAUGGGAUUCGACGAGGGAACGAGUGUUCUUCCCCCACUGCCAAUUUCCGAUAUGAAUACAGGCGUUAUUGGUGCUCUGGCGACGAUGAUGGCAAUCAGAGACCGGGCCCAAAAGGGAGGCUCGUACCACGUGGUCAGCUCGCUCGUAGCAGCAGAUACUAUUUUGGUUGAAGAGGAAAUUGGUCUCUACCCCGUCGAUGUGGUUCAAAAGACUCUCGAUACAUUCAAGUUUGCGCGCUCUUCUCCUGACCAGUUCGUCGCGGAGAUUUUGCUCCAGGUCAUUGAUGGAUGGAAGCGGGUCUUCCCGGAAUAUCUUGCACAGGACUCACCAUUCAUGAUGAGCUUCGCAGACAGCCCAUGGGGACCAAUGGAUCUCUUGAGGCCCGUGGCCACACUAAAUAAUAAGGAUGCUAGCCCUAUUUGGACACAGCCUCCUGUUCCUAAUUGCUAUCACGACAGAAACAUCACCUGGGCAUGA